UCCGUGGCGUUCUAUCAUGUUCGAACUGACCAAUCUGACCCCUUACCACUGUGUCGCUUUACAUACAUUACACUCGUCAAGCAUCGCGAACUUACAACAAGAUGGCUUUGAACUGGACGAUGCUGGAUCCUGCUACGCGUGUCCCAAUACCCCUGCCGCAUGAGCAGACUAUCUUGACUGUAGACUCUAAAGUGGAGUAUACUGUUAUAAUCCCAAAGAUUCCACCAUCGGGCUCUGCCAUCGCGGGUGGAUCUCCGGAUACGAAGAAGAUGAAGGAGGCAGGUAGACUCUGGCUUACAGAUAAACGACUGAUAUUCACCACACCUACUACUGGAGGCUCCAAGCCCUCCUUUGACUCGCUUUCCAUACCAUUACAUUCUAUACUGUCUACGAAGUUCGAACAGCCACUGUUUGCGGCCAACUUCCUCACGCUAGAUGUGGAUCCAUCUCCAGAAGGAGGACUUACUGAUGGAACGAAAGUCGAAAUUCGGUUCAGCGAUCAAGGCAUUUUCCAAUUCGUGGGUGUUCUCGACAAAACCCGUGAAAGGACCAUAUAUAUGAGGAGACAAACGGCUAUGGGAGAGGACGAGAAUUUACCCGUUUAUUCUUCUUCUGCUGAGGGAGGUUCAUCGACCUACACGGAUAUGCCUCCUGGAUAUGACGCAUAAUUUUUUUUUUCACGUAACGCUGCUCCCUUUGUCUCCACACGUGUACUACUUCUGUAUCGGCUACAUUCGACGCAUUCUUCGCCGCUACCUCGUGCCAUCUUACUCACUUGUUCUCGCAAACGUGAUGGCGCUCUUCUAGCGGAUCCUGAUCCUGCUACUUUCUGUGUAUUCCGCAGCCAGCUCUAACGUGUGUCAACUUUGUAUAUUAGAAGGAACGACUACCUUUUUCCUAAAUGGUAUGAGGUGUGAGGGAGACUAACUCAGCAACAGUAUUUCCUGAGGAUGAGUCCUCGUCGUGGAGUGCUUGACAAUGUUCCCCGGUUCAAUCGCAUCGUAUGGCAUCAUACAUUCGCAAUGGCAGCUCAUUUUUCGGGCCAGACUUGCUGUGUUUGUCUUUGGCUGUUCGGGUCAGGAUAUGGACGUUUUUAGACAUUGUACUCAGUUGAGUACAAGCGAUGUCUUGAAUACGUUGCUCGAAGUAUGUUUAGCCUCACCAUCCCCCUUCUGGAAAAACGACGUUCUGUGCGGUAUAAAAGACCUUUGGAUAUGCACUCAAGAACCAGAUCAUCUCAAACCCCAACUUUCAUACAAUGUCUCAAGAACUGGAAACUAGUGCAGCUCAAGGACUCGAAACUGGUGUAUAUGUCAUCAGCAGCAUCGCUUUCCCGGGUGGUAGCAUAGGCGUCGAGAAGAGUGGCCCUAGGGCUUCAGGCAUCACUCCCAGGAAUGUA